GCAGUAAACUCCAGAUCAAGACAACCGCAAGGUCGGCACCGACUGAGCACAACCACGCGACUCCAAUCGCCCGGCCGCCAGGCUUGCGCUGCGUGAGUCUCGGAACCACAUCGACCAGCACUCUGUACGGCACACUGUAGCAGAGCGCGGCAAUCUCGACCAUCGACGACAACGACACCCUCUUCCGAACUCGACUUGCAUCUCCUAAUGCUGUCCAAUCCGCCGCCCCAGGCGAGUGCGCUGCACUCGCGCCAACGGCAACAUCGACGACAAAACUCGACGCCGUCGGCCUUCGAAGCCGUCAAGAUCGCCCCCCUGCCCCCCUUCCAGCAACGACCACACAUGGGGCACCGCCGCCGCCUCAGCCUCGACACGCGGCGGCACCCGCAGCUCUCCCCGACAUUCCGGCAGGACUACGCAACGGUAAGUACUUCGACAACUAACCCAGGAUUAGCAACGACACCACAGCAUGGACUGCGAGAAUCGCAGCAGCAACGCAUCGCCCGCCCGGGCUCUGGCCAGCCCGCCUUUGGCGGCCUUGCAGCCGCACAACACCAACUCCAGCAGCUGCAGCAGCAACAUCAGCAGCAGCAGCAACAGCAACAGCAACAGCAACAACAGCAGCAGCAACAACAACAACAACAACAACAGAACCCAAACGAUGGCUAUCUCCUGUCUCCUCAUGGCACACCGCAACACCAGCACUUUGUCGACGCUCUCGCGGCCCAGGGCCAGAUGACCGACAUGUCCAGCGUGCCGUUCGACGCUUACAUGGGGCCCAUGAACGCCAUCAUGAAGAAGAACCAGGCGAGUUUCGUGGCCAACGACGGCAUGAGCUCGGCCAACGACUUUGACUUCUUCGGGCCCGACAGCGCGCUGUCGACGCCCACGUUCAUGACGUUUCCCGAGGCCAGCCCGACCGGGUCGGCAGGACACGGCUGGAUCUCGGAGGGCGAGACGGCGAGCACGCACACGCGCCGCACGUCGAGGAGGAUAAGCAACGGCAUCCUCGACAAGGUGGCCAAGUUCGAGGCCAUGGGGACUGGUCUGGACAUGUCUGCGCAGAGACCAGCCACACCGCCAACACAGAAUGACACAGGUUGCUUUCCCCCAACACCCACAGAAACACCCCACGACAGGAUGGCCAAGCACAGCAACGCCACGCCGCAGCAGCAGCAGCAGCAGCAGCGCCCGAGCCGGUUCUCGGACGACUACGACGAGUCGAUGGAGGAGACGAUCAAGCCGAUGCGCGGGAGCCGGUCGAGCAACCGCAACUCGGGCAUCUUCCAGGACCUGCGCCAGCAGGCCGAGGCGCUGGCGCACACGCACACGCCGCAGCGCGCCAACACGAUGCCCAUGGCGUUUGCCGGGCAUGGUCUGCGCACGCCCGACUUCAUGAACAUGUCGAACCUCAACGACGAGUUCGUCAAGAUCGAGAACGCCUUUGACGGGUUCCCGGGGGUGCGGCUGGACCUGUCGCAGGAGCUGCAGCCGGGGAACCACGACGCGUUCGGCAACAAGCCCGACCUGCAGCCGUUCCCAGACCUCGACUCGCAGGACACAGUGAUGCCGCACCCGCACGGGGCAUAUUCGCCCUCGCACCACGGGCUGCCGUCGUCGCCGUCGCGGCGGGGGUCGCCGCACCGGCGGACGGACUCGCUGGCGUCCAUCGCCAGCGCGGCCAGCAUCGCGAGCAUCAACAUCGACGAGACCAAGACGGACACUGGGGUGACGAGCGACGACAUCGCGCUAUACAUCGAGGGCCCGGACGCGGGCGACGGCAAGUGGGUGUGCGUAUACGAGGGGUGCCUCAAGCGGUUCGGGCGCAAGGAGAACAUCAAGAGCCACGUGCAGACGCACCUCAACGACCGCCAGUACCAGUGCCCGACGUGCAACAAGUGCUUCGUGCGCCAGCACGACCUCAAGCGCCACGCCAAGAUCCACACGGGCGUCAAGCCGUACCCGUGCGAGUGCGGCAACAGCUUCGCCCGCCACGACGCCCUGACCCGCCACCGCCAGCGCGGCAUGUGCAUCGGCGCCUUCGACGGCAUCGUGCGGAAAGUCGUCAAGCGCGGGCGGCCGCGCAAGCUGCGCCCGGCCCUCGACGAGCGCCGCGAGAAGAGCGAGCGCACGCGCCGCAAGAACAAUGCCGCCCCCGCGAGCAGCAACAGCAAGCACCACGCGUCGACGAGCUCCGUCAGCAGCCAGUCGGGCUACUCGGACAGCUCGGCGGCCAACUCGCCGGCGGCGCACCACGCAGACCUCGACCACAACUUUGACGGGCUCAUGGACGACGACGCCUUCCCCGACAUGGACAUGAUGGACGUGGCCAUGGCCGACCUGCCGACGGCGGCGACGAGCAUCACCACGGCGUCGCCGACGCUGGAUCCGAGCAGCCUGGGGCUGGCCGGCAACGUGUCGACGGCGCCGAUGCCGAGCGCCGCUGCCACCAGCACAUCCGACGACGUCGACGACGAUAUCCUCGCCAGCGUGCUGCGCUCUGCCUCGUCGGCCGAGGUGUACGCCGCCUCGCCGUCCGCCAUGAGCAGCUACAGCCACACGUCCCACGCCUCCGCUGCACCCCGCGCCCGAAACAGCACCUCGGAUGCGGACUACUACGACCUUCCGAGCAUGUACACCCACCCCACAACCAUCGCGCCCACUGCCACCGCAACCAACCCAGCCUCCCCCGCCAAGAGCGUCGCCAGCCACUACACGCACCUGCCGGGCACGCCGCCGGGGCUGUCGGCCAGCAGCAGUUCGCCGCCACCACCAACGCGAGACCCUCCCUCCUCUGCCACCACAACAACCACUGGAGACACGUUCUUCGACGACGCCGACGCCGACGCCGACGCCAGCGGCAUCUCGGACACGAGCAUCGGGCUGGGCACGACGGCGGCGGCGCACGCCGCGGACGAUGACGAGGACGGGGACAGUAGUUUGCUCCUGCAGUUCGCGAGCGAUAUCGACCACCCCCAGCCGCACUCACAGCUGUCGCACUCCCAUCUGCAGAUGCAGAUGCAAAUGUCGCUGCAGAUGCAGAUGCAGAUGCAGAUGCAGCACCACAGCUUGGGUGUGGGCGUCGGCGUCGGCGGGAUGUUGCUCGGCAACGGUGCCGCUAACACAGGUGCAGGUGCUGGUGUGGGUGUGGGUGUGGGUGUGGGCGUGGGCGUGGGCGUGGGAAGUGGUAGCGGUGCCAAGUUCGUCAAUGACGAGGACUACGACGCCGCCGUCAGCAUGUUUACGAAUGUCGACGAUGUGUUUUUCGGCAGCUCGUGAGGUUCUUUCGUUUCGUUUCGUUUGUUUCGGUUCGGCUAUUUCCGCUCCCCCAUCUACGCUCUCUGCUGCUCUGUUCUUUUCGCGAACCUUUGAGAGAGAACCUACCUCCUUUAUGACGAUUAUGAUGCGAGCGGGAAAGAAAACUGGUGCCUGCCUGCCACGGUGCCGGGUCUGUGCGUGUGUGUGGGUGCGUGUGUGUGUGGGUGCGUGUGUGUGUGUGUGUGGGUGUGUGUGAGUGUGUGUAUUCUAGAUAUCUGGUGCUUGGUUUCUU